ACUAAAUGUUGCAUUUGUCUUCUUAAUCCUAUGUUUUUCAUGUGGUAUUCGUCUUAGGUCGUUUGAAGUCAGUAGUGUCUCAAGUCUAAAUUCAGCGUACUCAUUUCUUUGAAUAUCGUAUGGUUGAAAAGUGAAUAAAAAACUAUGAGAAAUGUUCUAUAUUUAUUGAUUUUGCUAGGUUUCUUGAUAACAACUAAUUCAACCGAAAUUAAUAAGAAAUUCGGUGAGGAUGGUGAUAAAGAAAUUACUUGGGAAAAGUUUAUGAAAAAAUCUUUGUGGUCAACGCAUACAAUUGCAGAAUGGAUACAACCGUAUAUGAAUUCUUCAUUAACAAUUAGAAAUAUCAAUGAGUCAUGCGUUAAUAGUUUAUUAUUGUAUUUUGAAGGAAUAAAAACGUGGGAGCCUUGGGCGAUCAAAAUGAUAGAUGCAACUGGUAGAAUUCCUAGCGGCCUAAUGACUGGUACAGUGACAGACUUUGGAAAUUUUGACGAAUGUUUGCAAGUGAGAUAUAAUUCCGAAUCAGAAAAUUUCAAGGGAAAGUUUUGUAUGAUAGGAUUUAAAAUUCCUCUAGUCCAGCCCCCCAAUGGAAAAACAACGAGUGGAAAAUCUUACUUAGAUGCUUAUGGGAACCCACCGGAAUGGAUAUCUGAAUUUAUGAGAGAAAAACGAGGUUUUGUAACGCAUUUCCGUUUAUUUUUUGGAUCUUGUUUACCAUCUUCUUGCAGUGAUCAGGACAUUCAUAAUCUGGUCUCAAAAGUCACGGAACCCUGGACUUCAAAUAUUGUGGUGUCAGACUGUCAAACAGAUCAACCAAGAGAGUGGACUACUUCUGGUAUCAUUGCGCUGUGCAUUUUGCUGGCAUUAUUUGGUAUUUGCAUUUUGGGAACUGUUUUGGAUUCACAUGACAAAAACAGAAUGGCUGUAUCCAAAUAUUCCACACCAACUAAAGAGUCAUUUUGGAGAAAAAGCUUGAAAUCAUUUUCCUUACCUGCAAAUUCAGCAAAAGUAUUCGAACCGAAGAAAGGAAAGCAUUUCUUGGACUGUAUCGACGGUAUUCGUUUCUUCUUAUCCAUAUGGGUUAUAAUUUCUCAUAUCGCACUAUAUGAGGAGCGGUGGAAAGAACGUAAAUAUAAUUCCGGUUACAACAUUAUGUCCAUCUUUAAUGCUCUGACAAUUUUCAUUGAAAAUGCUCACAUAAAUAUGGAAAACUUCAGCGUAAUCAGUGGAUUUUUUCUGGUAUAUAGUAUAAAGAAGAAAAUGGAUAAGAAUGGAGGUAAAAUUGAUUUCAUGGAAACUAUUGCUCAGAAAAUUUGGAGAUUUUGUCCGUUGUUUUUAUUAUUCGUUGUCUUAAUGUUAAUAGUACCAAAUCUUCAUUCUGGACCCAUAUGGAACUCUUCAUGGGAUUUUGAAAUUAAAAAAUGUCAGAAUUCCUGGUGGAUGAACAUCUUCUUUAUGAACAAUUUUGUACAUUCUAAUGAUAUGUGCAUGCUUCAUUCUUGGUUCAUGGGGAUGCUGAUUCAAAUGCAUAUAGCUGGUCUGGUCGUGUUGCUCGUCACAUACAGAAUGCCAAAAAUCGGAAUGGCCUUGGCUUCAGCAUUGAUUUCAGCAUGCAUACUUAUUGUUUACGAGACUUCAAUAGUUCAUAAAUUCCAGAUGGUUUCCUUUACAUUCCUCAGAGAUUUAGACAUGCUUAGGGACUGGCUUUCUACCAUAUACUUUCUUCCAUUUAGUCAUUUUCCAUCUUUUGUAAUGGGAAUGUCUCUAGGAUGGGUUAUACUCACACACAAAGAUGUCAAACUAUCCAUUACUCUUCGUACAACCUGUUGGAUCUUGACCAUUCUAUUUUAUGCAAUAGCCAUGUAUGGAAUAUGGAUUCCGACAAAGAAUUACAGAAUAAUUGCAGCUUAUUAUGCCCUAAGAACUUUAUGUUGGGCCUUCAGUACAUCUUGGCUGCUUUUCAAUCUUUUCACAGGAAAACUGGACUUGAUGCACAGGUUUCUUUCGUUGGAUGUUUUUACUCCGUUGUGCCGUAUCAGCUAUAGCCUUUACGUUAUGCAUAUACUUGUACUAAUCUUCAGGGCUGCAUCUUUGAAAGAAAGGGUAUACGCAGGAAUGAUAGAUAUGCUUUUUGAUUGUUUGGCAAUCAUUGUAAUCUCUAUUGGAUUAGCUUAUGUGGCGCACAUUACAGUAGAAUUGCCAUUCAAUUCUGUAUAUGAUUUAUGGCAUGAAAAAGCAAAGGAUGGCAAAAAUAUAAAAAGGACCAUAAAUGAAAGCAAUUCUAGACACUGUUUUGGAGAACAAAAAAUACAUGAGAGCAAAGAAAAAAGCUCAUAAGCUUAGUCAAGUUCUGCCUUCUAAAAUAUAUAUAAUUUCUUUUUUUUCAUAUAUGCAUUGAGUAUCAGAGCUAAAUAUCAACAUUACCUGAAAGAGAUACUUCGUUUUAAACUAUAAUUGAUUAACUUAGUAUUAGAUGUAUCUUUCAAAAUGUUUAAUUUAUGUUUUUACAAAUGAGUUGCCCCUUAUCUAGUAUCUGCAGCAAGUUUAAAAUUUUGAUUUAUAUGCACAAGUUUCACAGUUGUAUUUCUUAGUUGUACUCGAUGUUUUUUUUUAAUACCAGUAAAAAAAAUGUAAGACACUUAACAGUCCAUGUUUUUUAAAAUUAUUUCUAUUAAUGAUUCUUCUGCUAUGAACUUCUUUCGUAAUUAAAAUCUAUUUUUGCAUGAA